UUGCUGGGCUCAUUUUUUUUUGCACAGUCGGAGGAAGGCAGAACAUAGUAGAAAACGGCGCGGGAAAAGGUUGGUGAAAGGCCGUCAGUCUUAUAGACAGGAAGGUACAACAACCUUGCAAUGGCAUCUUCUAGUGACGUACAGGUCAAAGAGCUAGACAAGCGAGCUUCGGGUCAAGCCUUUGAAGUCUUUCUGAGUCCCUCAGGAACAGAUGCUAAGGGUGAGUUUCCUUUGCCUACACCCAAAAAGAAGGAUGUGUCCUUGGAGGAGAUCCAGAGGAAGCUGGAAGCUGCUGAGGAGAGGCGCAAGUCCCAUGAAGCAGAGGUUCUCAAGCAUCUGGCAGAGAAGCGUGAGCAUAUGAAAGAGGUCCUCCAAAAAGCACAGGAGGAGAGCAGCAACUUCAGCAAGAUGGCCGAAGAAAAGCUGAACCUGAAGAUGGAGGCCAACAAAGAGAAUCGCACUGCACUGAUGGCUGCCAUGAAUGAGAAGUUCAAGGAAAAGGACAAGAAACUUGAAGAGGUUCGAAAGAAUAAAGAAUCCAAAGAUGUCACAGAGAACUGAGUUUUGCAGGGUAGGGGUGGUUUAGGGAUGUGUGGUUUUUUUUUUUUUUUUUUUUUUUAAAAAGUUAUCCAAAGAUUUGUUUCAUGGCCAGUAUUUUUGUUUGUUCACCUUCCACUUUGUUACUCAAAUGCUGUGUUACUUGAAAUGCUACUCAACUUUAGGUUAAAUUGUAGAUGGAGUGGGUAAUUCUUGCUUUUUUUUCUUCCUCCUCUAUAGACUGUCAAACCACAGUCCAAAUCUACCUAACUGUGCAUGUCCCUUCUACAUAGGUUAACCUUAAACAUUACUUAGUGCAAGUUUAACCUCUAGUUGUGUCCCAAGACCACAGUUGCAAGCUUAAAAGUUGCACUGUUUAUUAUCAUUCUUAAUUUGGCUUUCCAGGGCCUGACUGCAAGCAUGCAGUGUCUUGUAAGUAGAUUUGCUUGUAACAUCCUGUCACCUGGCUUUACUCUUCUGAAGUAGGAGAUCCUCAGUCCUGGAGCUGUGGUCCACUUUGAGCAUUUUGUCUUCUGUUGGAAGACAUUUUACCCUUCUGCUGAGCCUGUUUUCAUUGCCCUCUGGUAAUGCCAUGGUGAGGGACCCCAGACUGAUCUUCACCCUUGCAAUGCAGCUGUACUAUGUCAGGUUUGCUGGAGGAAAAUCAAUGCAAAUAAAGAUUUAAAAAGUAGUUUUGUUUACUUUAUGAUGUGACAAUGCCUUACUGAUGCUUUUUAAAAUGCCAUGGUACAGGAACUGCAGGAAGCUGCCUUGCAUUUGUAUACACCAGUUAAGGUUUUGAACAAAGUUGUGAGUAGAAGAGUGUUCAUAAACACCAUAGUUAAAUUUACUGGACUUUGAUCUGUAUUUCAUCCAAUGUUUCUGAGUUAGGUUCUGUAACAAUCUUGGAUAUUGCUAUAAUAAAUAUAAGGCUAACAUUUGGGCUGCAUUGAAAUAAUUUUAAAA